AUGAGCACACUUCCGCAGUACUACAACAUCCUCAACAUCGACUCCACAGCUACGGCUGAGGAGAUCCGCACAGCGUACCGUCGCGAAUCACUCAAGACCCACCCCGACCGCCUCUCACCAAAGGCGCCAGCCGACGAGCGCCGCCGCUACACUGAGCGUUUCCAAGCAGUCGCGGACGCAUACUAUGUUCUCUCGGACCCCGUCCGGCGGGCGGAAUACGACGCGCUCUUCCGCACGCGCCCCGCGUCCGCGUUCACGGACGCAGGAGCCGACGAGGACGAGCAGGACCGCGCUAGCAAGAACUUCUUCGAGGAGUUUGCGCGAUACUUCAAGAACGCUACUGGCAACACGGCUGAUGCGGACGGUGCGGACUCGGGAGUAGGGUCGGAGCCUGGUACGCCGCCACGCCGUGCAAGGCCGGAUCCGAACGGCGUGUUCGGUGACGUGUUUGAGGAACUCCUCGAGCCCGAGGUAGCUAAUGUACACCGUCGCUGGUCCUUUGUUGGCGGUGCGGCGGGCGCCGCCAUGGGAUAUAUCGUUGCUAAUAUUCCCGGUGCUGUUGCUGGCGCCUUCGCGGGUAACCGCCUGGGCGCGAUUCGCGACGCCAAGGGCAAGAGCGUCGCGCAGGUAUUCUCGACGCUGCCGGGCGCACAGAAGGCGCAGAUCCUGCGCGCCCUUGCCGUCAAGGUACUCGGCAGCAUGCAGUAA